AUGAGUUUGCAGACAAUACUUCUAAGUCUGUUAUGCAUUUGUAGCAUCUGUAACAGUGACAUACAAGUAGGACCAGAUCCUUGGAACUAUGAAGUUGUGCAAAGACCAGAAGAAACUGAUUUACCACCAGAUCUUAGAACACCUUUAAAGAAAGAAAGGCAUGCCGAAUCUAAAUUUGGCUUUGGAGAAUGGUGGUUUAAGAGAUUACUCGCCAUUAUGCUGAAAAAUGGACAAUUCAAGAAAAAUGAAGAGGGCAGUGUCGAUAUCUCUCUUCAAAUGAAGUUUGAGCCUGAGAGAUGGCAAGUAUUAGACGAGUAUUUAAAAUCUGAAUCUCCACUAUCUGAUGAUAAGUUCAGGCGCACUAUAGGAUUCGUUGAAGAAGCUAUUUAUAAGCCAACUAUUACUGAUAAAAUUGUAAUGGCAUGGAGUGAUUAUAUUCAAGUAUAUCUAAUGGAAUAUAAGACAUAUAUUACUCUGCUGCUGGGUCUACUAGCUGCAGUUGGAGUAGUGUUGUGGCUCUGGAAACACAUGUCUCACAAACAUGUUGUCAGCAUUAUAUUAGCCCUCUUAUAUGUCUAUGAAGUUUUUAUAUCUUAUAAAGAAGCUGAACAACAAGAGUAUGAGAAAUUCGUGUCUGCUAUCAAUGCUUGCAAAUGGUACUUCUGGACCACAGAGUGCACAGUACCACCACCAGAUCCACUAUUGUUCAUGAAACACAUGAAUCCACUAAAAAUAGCAAUCAGAAUGUUCACAUCCUUUAUAUCUGAACCUAUUGUUGCUAUUAACUCUACCAUAAAGAUCAUGCUCCAUAGUGUUACAGAUGGCCUUAUGUUCCCAUUUGAUAAAAUAGUAUAUGGAUUUUUAAUCUUAAUUGUCAACAUAUCAUUGAUAUAUCUUCUUGUGAUGGUUGUGUUCAAUUUUAUAUUCAAUAUUCCAUUCAAAUUGAACUUCCUUGGAGUUGUUAGUGUUGGUGUUAGACAAAAUAGGACGUCAUUGUUUUCUACAAACAGAAAUGAACAGGGAGAAAUACGUAAUAAUGAUGCAGAUAGAAUAAGUGGUGAGAGAUUAGACAGACUUUUAAAUGUUUGCUCCCUUGCUUUGGCAAACACUAACAAUGUUCCAAAUAGAGCCAAUUUAAAUUCAAUGAACAACAAUGUCCCGAUGUUACGAAGGUCAGCAAGCACUGGGCGUCUACCUAACUCUUCAUCAGACAAUAACGAUCAAUUGGCCAUAAACAGCAACUUUAGGAGAAGACCAAAUGUUGGCAGGGGUGAUGGGGAUCAUUAA